UACAAGCGGCCACGUCCUCUUCUAGCUAUAAAUCAUCCCAAGCUUUUCCCUCAAAAAGAAAAAAAACCUAGUGCGAUUGAGUUGUGUUUCCGUGGGACGUACGUGGCAUUCAGAGGGAUCGAGAUGGGACUGAAGCUGUUCAGGCUGCUUCUCGCCGCGGGCGCGGUACUGCGGUAGUGAUGGUGCUCGUCGCGCCGGCGCCGGCGUCCGGGCAGGGCGCGGCGCUGUCGUGCACGGCGUCGCUGGUCAGCAGCUUCACCCCAUGCCUCGACUUCAUCACGAACGGCACCGCUUCCCCGACGGCCGACUGCUGCCGGUCCCUGGGGGCGCUGGUGAACGCGAGCACCGGCUGCGCGUGCCUCAUCCUCACCGGGAACAUGCCGCUCGGCGUGCCCAUCAACCGGACGCUCGCCGUCACGCUGCCCAAGGCGUGCAAUUCCAUGUCCGUCCCGCUGCAGUGCCAACGUAAAAAUCGACCGACUGAGCAAGAGCGUUAACUGCAGUAUCUGACGGUCGAGGUGACGGCGUGCUAAUCCAUCUGCUUGAUCUUGCGAUCCAUCUGCAGACACGUCGGAUCAUAUCCCUGCUGCAGGCCCUGUCGCGGAUGCACCCUCCCUGCCCCCACUGCGUAAGAAUCUUGCCAAAAACUUGUGCAAGAUGCGAUAAUUUUAGGACUCUUUUGAAAAGUAGGAAUUUUACAGAUAUCAAUUUAAUUUUAUAGAAAAACACGGGAUUUAGAAAAAAAAUCCAGUAGACCUCUAUCUUUUGAAAAUUUUACUAAUCAAC